AGGAACACAGAGUGGGAGACCAACUCUGAGCUUCCAGUUUGCACAAGAUACUUAAAGCUGUUAAAAAGUUAUGGUUCAGAAACAACGAAUCAUUUGGGUUCUGAAGCUUCAAUGUUCUUCACGACUAGACUCGGCACGGAUCAUUGUUGUCCGCACCUUUAGUCUUAAAAUACAGUUUCUUUUCGAAGUGGAUAAUCCAAGAAAUUGUUCACAGUUCAUACUUGGAUACAACUGUAGUUCUUCAGAAUUUUUUUUAAGAAUAAUUGAGAGGAUUAUUCAGCAUUUCGCUGUUUGUUUUUAUGAACAUAUACUAAGAACAAAAGUUUUAAGGUUAUUGUUUUUCUAAGAAAAGAAUUGAAGAAACAUCAACACUGAUUUUGUGAGAAGAAGUGAAGAUGAAUGAAAUGUCGAGUCUGCACAGCCCUCUCAACAUUUCUACUCAGUCUCAGAUUUCUUCUGGCUUCGAAUCCGCCAGAUCCACUGGGUUCGAGAGCUUCACCAUGGAACCCACCGUCCAGUGGGUUUCUAUGGAGAUGGAGGGGGAACGACUGAGGAGGGAGAUGCAGGAGAACAACGCUGUCCUGCAGGACUACGCCGAGAACAUCAGCUUCCUGAAGGUGCAGACCAGACUGAUGCGGGACAAGAGCGAGGACCAAGCUCAGGAGAACUUGAAGUUGAAGGAGGAGUACGAGGACAAGCUGAGCUCUGCCCGUGACCUCGUAGAGAAGGUGAAGGACGAGAGAGCUCACCUGGAGGUGGAGGUGGAGAAUCUGGAGCGAAAGAUGGAGCAGGCUCAAAAAGAGCUGGAAGAGGCCAAGAGAUGGCGAGAUGAAGAUGUAAAGAAGAUCAGCGAGCUGGAAGAAAAAGUCUCCAUUUUGACAGUCCGUUUGGAGAACAAUCCGAUGAUAGUUGAGAGACAGAGAGACAAGGAAACAAUCGCCAAACUGGAAGAUGACGUCAGGUCUAUAGCCCAGGAUUUUCUGACAGAAAUGAACUCUCGCCUGGAAGCCGAGAAUCGCGUGCACACCUUGACGGAGGAACUCAAGUUUUUAAGGGCUGAACACGAGAAGUGCCAGAAGCGACUGGCGAUACUGGAGUCAAGAGAGACUAAUGUCAUCUACAGCGAUUUCUGGAAAAAAGAACUGAGUCAGCUCCGUGCCUACAUCCAGGCUGAGUUUCAGGCAGAACAGGAGACGAGGGAAAGAAAUCACAAAUUCCAAGUGCAAGAACUCCAGACUCGCCUGCAACACCUGGGAGGGCAGCUGAGCAAGGCACAAGAACAGACUGAGAGAGCACAGAAGGACCUGAGCUUGUCGGAGACAGAAAAAGCUCAACUAGAGACUGAGAUAUUUUCUCUGAGAGAGAAAAUUGAGCACUUGAGUCAUCUACAGAACGAAAACGACGACCUACAGAAUCAGGUGGAGAAGUUGAUGAAACUCGUGCGCCAGAUGUUGACCAUUCAGUCGGAAGUGACAACGUACGGCAAAACUCUCACGGGGCUGAGCAACAUCAGACCAGAUCUGACCAAGCAGUCUACACUAGCAGGCACCCCGCUUUGUGUGUCCACCACCACCCGCAACGCCCGUGCAACCUUCCAAACGACCGGUGAUGAUGUAACCAUUGCCGAUGUGGACCCGUUAGGCAAGCACAUCACCAUCAAGAACAACAGUCCAAGGGACGUCAAACUGGCCAACUGGACCUUAAAGAGAGAAGUGGAGGGAAGCGAACCCCUGGUCUACAACUUUCCACCCAGUGCUGUUGUCAUGGCUGGAAAGACUCUGAAGGUGUGGUCAAGUGGACAUGUCACCUCCCGGGGUGCUAAUGAUCUCGUCUUUUACGGGGCAAAAUCCUGGGGAACUGGGUACCAGACUACCACUACCUUGUACAGCAACAGCGAAGAGCAGGCCAGUUAGGACUAGAAUCGGCAAACACGACUUGUCCAGGCUAAUCUUUCAACCAGCCAUCACCUCUGUAGUUUGUUUAAAUCAUCGUCAAACAUAUCGGCCUUGCUUACGUGAACUGAUGAAAAAGUAUCCGUAAAUACUUAUAUUGAAAUCUUUAUUAUUGCGUGAGUUUUGUAAGCUGAACAUUACCAGAGAAUCGAUUAAAAUCAACUCUUUCUGCUGUAUACACUGCACCUUAACAUUUUAACCCAUUUUAAUAUUUUUAUUUUAAUUAUUUGUUUUUGUAUUUAUUUAUCAAUUUAUGCUGUACUUUAUAUUUAUUAUACACAAAAAUAGAGUAGUAAUAAACUGUGAUAAAAAAAUACUUUUAUUAUCAGUUUUAACUUGAUAUUUUGUUUAUCUCAUUAACAAAAGCGCUACCACAUAAAUAACACAAUUGACUUGUAAGUCUGAAAAUAAAGUUUAACUUGUGUCGAUGUUGUAACAAUAUAAUUAUUCGCAGCUUGCUGAGUUAAAACUGACAAAUGUACUUGCAUGGCUCUGAGUGCUUAGGUCGGCUAGAUCCCAAUAAAAAAAGAGCUUUACAUAC